AGGCCAUUGGCAUAUCUUACUAUAACAUUGAGAUAACCAUAUCAAAACAAGACCAGUACGCAAGACGCCCAACUACUUUUUCCGCGUCGCAGAUCAGCACAGCUGUGUAGCCUAGUCUAGACCCCGCUCCCGGCGCCAGAAGCUAAGCUACAGUAAGCCAUCUCAAGCCCGGAAACAACCCCCCGCAUCCUCUUCCUGCAUCUCCAACAACUGUAUACUACUAUCCUCAUACAAGAAUCCCACCCCACACUAUCAACAAUGAUGCGCCGAUUCGCUCACCGCGACCGCACACCCAACCAAAACGACGAUGCCGCAACGUCGGCCGAUGACGCGGAUGUCAGCCCCGACAACAACCAAUACUACCCGAGUUUGGAAGAUGUGCUGAAGACGCGCUAUAUCCUGUCAUGGAAGAUCGUUCCUGAGGGCCUGCCUUCGGAGAUUGUCGACAUGAUCGUCGAUGCGGCGGAGUAUUGGCCGUCGACGGUGACGCGACUGCAGAAGAAGAUGGUGGUGCAUCAGGAUCGGGACGCUGUGGUCGUGGUAACGCAGCCGCUUUGCUAUGAUGAGACGAAUAAAAAGACACAAGAAAACCCCACCCCAAAGCCACGCCCACACCGAACCAUCCACCCCUGCCGCAAGAUCGUCUUUACAAUAGACAGCCGCGACCAAGGCUGGGGCGGCGGCCGACGAACUACACCCUACGAAGGCUCCUUCACGUGGUUCGACGUAGACGUGAUGCAUUCCGCAGAGCAGCGCGCGCCAGACGCCCCGGGACCAGAGUUCCACCCACCACAAGGCGGCUUCCAAAACGACGCCCCGCUUCUCCUUCCAAAUGCCCAUAAACUGCAGUGUAACAAGACAGCUGUGGGCGAGACGCAGCGUCAUGUUGUCACGUGGCACUAUCAGGACUGUAUAGAAGAGGACUCGGUGGAGGCGGAGGAGAUUGCGACUGAAACGGGGAGGGGGUGCGCUACGCUCGAUGGGAAAACGGUGCGGGAACUUGAGGUGGGCGAUGCGCUGGUGGUGUGGGCGCGCGCGAGGUUUGGAGGGUGGUCGAAUCGCGUGUAUGGGUUUUGGGUGAGGACUUUUUGGGCGGUUUGACUUUGCCCCGUGUUCUUCUAUGUAUCUCUUUUCUUUUCCACCUUUGUCUUCUGAGAUGACUAAACAGUACCCUCUAUGCCCUCAAGACUAUGACGAGUCGUUAACGCGAGAGAUAGAUAAGGGGAUGACCGAACAGUGCAAUUUUCAUUCAAGCUGGUAUGUUAAAUUCUAGGUAGUCUCCGGUAUAUUAUAUGCUUCCGUAAAGCAUACAGUGUCAUCG